AUGGAUAAGGCUUGGAUGCGUAUCGAAGAUAGAUUGCAAUCCAAUGAGUAUGCUGAGGGUGUUAGACAAUUCCUGGCUAUGGCACAAGCCAACACACCCGGAUCUGAUCACAUUAGGUGUCCAUGUAAGAGAUGCAGGAAUAGAUCUUUCUACUCUAUUCCCACUGUCGAAGAUCAUUUGUUCAUCAUAGGGAUUGAUCCUACUUAUACGGAAUGGAUAUUCCAUGGAGAAGAUGAUCCUUUCCUAGAUGCUACAUUUUCUGACAAAGAAGCAGACGAUGCAUCUGCUUACAGUGACUACAUUGAUGAUGUCGACGAGAUAUUAGAUGACAUUUGUUAUGGCUCAUUUAUGGAUAAUUCAGCUAGAUAUGAAGGAAAUGCAAACCCAAAUGAUCAACCAUCCACCUCGUAUACUCCAACAAACCUUAAUUUUGAGGAGUUGGUAGCCGAUGCACGAUGUCCACUUUACCCUUCUUGUGAUAAGUUCUCAAAGCUAUCAUUCAUCGUCAAGUUGCUUCACAUCAAGAGCAUUGGUGGUUGGACCGUCCAGUCAUUUGACAUGGUGAUAAAGCUCUUGCAAGCUGCAUUUCCCAAUGCUCUAUUCCCUGACUCAUAUAACGAUGCUCGCCGCUUGCAGCGUGGCUUGGGCUUUAGUUACAAAAAGAUUCAUGUGUGCCCAAAUGAUUGUGCCUUGUUUUGGAAGGAAAAUGCAUCGUUAAAUGAGUGCCCUAAAUGUAACGCAUCUAGGUGGACUGUAUGCACAAGUAAGCAACGAAGGAUACCACAAAGAGUUCUCCGAUAUUUCCCCCUGAAGCCGUGCUUGCAAAGGCUAUUUAUGUCAAAGAAGACAGCCUAA